AUAGACAAAGAUAGACAUACUCUCAGCUUGGUUUGCGUUGAAAAUAUCACAUGUGCUCACAUCGCUGAACUGUAACCAUUCAUUUCAGUCCAACGGCGUGUAGUAUUCUGUCUGGUAUACAUAUGUAUCCAAGUAGUAAAAUAUCGUUAAAAGUUUUAUAGCUGUAUUCUAAUAUGUAAACAGUUUUUAUUUUACAUUAUUCUGCGACUAAAUAGUGCUGCUAAUAAUCUGCGACUAAAUAGUGCUCACAACAAACUUGCACAGAUAGCUUUAGUAAGGAAUAUACCGGUCAGUUGUUUGCUGUAUUUCAGUUUUUAACAAAUUAACUCAAAUAUAUUAAAGAAAAAUGUCUAACCAUAUAACCAAUCAAAAACACGCUGAAGUGGACCACGAGGAAAGCAUGGAGUUGGAUCCUUUGACAAGAACCAACGAAAAAAGGACCAGGUUUCAAGUAAAUAGGGUUAGGAAUGAGAGUUACAACAAGGAGAAAAAUGGUGGUAUAGGUUCGGAACAUGGCCAGGAUGAUCAGAAUGAAGAAGAAGAUUUGCUUACUAGCACAGACAGAACUAGACUAAGUUCUGAAAUUGCCAACAAGAGUUUAAGACACUUAACCAGAGAAGCCCUUCCACGUCUAGAUAAUUACAGAAACAUAAUGUCCAUACAGGCAGCGAAUAGACCUACCCUGGAUGAGCUGUAUAACUUCACACUACCCAAAACAGAUCAGCAAAGCGUUCAAGCGAAUGGCAAACCUGUCAAUGUAUCUGGCCAAUUAAAGUUUGGAUGGAUACAGGGUGUUCUAGUAAGAUGUCUGUUGAAUAUAUGGGGCGUUAUGCUUUUUCUCAGGCUGUCGUGGGUUGUAGGACAAGCAGGACUCGGACAAUCUAUUCUACUUAUUCUCACUACAACAAUUGUAACAUCAAUAACAGCAUUGUCAAUGUCAGCAAUCAGUACAAAUGGUGUUAUAAAAGGGGGUGGGACGUAUUAUAUGAUAUCACGAAGUUUAGGUCCAGAAUUCGGCGGAUCCAUAGGGUUUAUAUUCGCGUUGGCCAACGCAGUGGCGUGCGCCAUGUAUGUAGUUGGGUUCUGCGAGUCCGUCCAAGACCUCUUGUCCAGUUUUGGACUAUCCAUAGUGGAUAGUUCAGUGAACGAUAUCAGGAUUGUUGGCUGUAUUACUAUUGUCGUUUUAACUGUGAUAGUCAUCGUUGGAAUGGAGUGGGAAGCUAAGGCGCAGUUGGUUUUACUUGUGAUCUUACUGGUGGCAAUAGCAGAUUUUCUGAUUGGUUGCAUUGUUGGACCACGGAGUGACGAAUCCCGAGCCAAAGGCUUUGUUGGAUUUAAUGCUAGUGUGGCCUGGGAAAACAUGUUCCCAGAUUACAGAACUUCAGAAGGGGUGACCUACGAUUUUUUUAAAGUGUUCGCAGUGUUCUUUCCCGCCGCCACUGGAAUAUUGGCAGGGGCCAACAUUUCUGGCGAUCUCAAAGAUCCACAAAAAGCUAUUCCAAAAGGUACUUUAUUAGCCAUUCUUAUCACUACGAUGUCUUACAUUUUGAUGGCUGUUUUUGCUGGUUGUACUGUAAUGAGAGAUGCCAGUGGCAAAGUCGAUGACUAUUUGAAUGGUACCCUUUCAGAUUGUGCACCAAAUUGUACCUACGGUUUGCAAAAUAACUUUCAGGUUAUUCAAUUAACAGCUAUAGAGGGUUCUCUUAUAUACGCAGGAUGUUUUGCUGCUACCUUAUCAUCUGCACUGGCUUCUCUAGUUUCUGCACCCAAAGUUUUUCAAGCCCUCUGUAAAGAUAAGCUCUAUCCAAAAAUAGAGUGGUUUGGUAAGGGAUUUGGACCGAACAAUGAACCCGUCAGAGGAUAUGUUCUCACAUUUGUCAUAUCUGUGGCUUUUAUACUUAUAGGUGAAUUGAAUCUCAUAGCUCCACUUAUUUCAAAUUUCUUUUUGGCUGCGUACACACUAAUCAAUUUUUCGACGUUUCACGCAUCUUUGGCUAAACCAGUCGGUUGGAGGCCCACCUUUAAGUACUACAACAUGUGGCUCAGUCUAGUUGGAGCAAUACUUUGCGUACUAGUAAUGUUCCUGAUCUCAUGGUGGACCGCUUUAAUAACACUCACAGCUGUAUUAGCCUUGUACCUCGUAGUAUCUUACCGGAAACCGAAUGUUAACUGGGGUUCAACAACUCAAGCCCAGAUCUACAAGAACGCCCUUCAAGCCACUCAACAGUUGAAUACCGUCGAGGAACAUGUGAAGAACUACAGACCUCAGAUUCUGGUACUGUCAGGAAUGCCCAGUGCCAGGCCAGCAUUAGUCGAUUUUGCUUAUCUACUCACAAAAAAAGUGUCUAUGUUGGUUUGUGGACAUAUUAACACGAGUCCUCUAUCGCAAAGAGUAAGGAACGUUCUAAGUUACAAGGCCAACAGUUGGCUGAAGGCUCACAAAUUGAAGGCAUUCUACCAACAAGUCGACGGAGUUUCUUUUCAAGAGGGUGCCAGAGCUUUACUCAAAGUAUGCGGAAUAGGAAAAUUGCGACCCAACAUUUUACUCAUGGGCUACAAAGGCGAUUGGCAGACUUGUCCCACAGAUGAACUAUUAAAUUACUUUGAAAUUUUACACAACGCGUUUGACUUGCAUUUGGGAGUAGGAAUCCUUAGAUUACAGCCAGGACUUGACGUUAACGAAAGUUUUAAUGAAACAGAACAAAAAGAAAAAAAUAGUCCAGAUUAUCUACGUAGAAACCAGUCAUAUAGUCAGAUAUCAGAAGCUAGUUGUUCUACCGAUCAUUCGCUAACCCAAAUUGAAAAAGACGAAAAAAUCAGCGUGGUGCCUGACGAAUCGCUGGCAAGGAAAACAAAAUCUGUGACUGAGUCUGCCCCUGAUUUUGCUUCUGAUAGUCAAGCACACCAAGAUCCUAAUACUUCAGAACAAUUGUUCUUUCAGAAGAAACACGGAAGAGGUGGUACGAUAGAUGUGUGGUGGUUGUAUGAUGAUGGAGGUCUUACGCUUUUGCUACCCUACAUCAUGGGCACCAGAAGGAACUGGAGCUCGUGUAAACUGCGAGUGUUCGCACUGGCCAACAACAGGGAAGGCCUGGAGAUGGAACACAUGAACAUGGCGAGCCUUUUGGCCAAGUUCAGGAUCGAGUAUUCGGAUUUGCAAAUUGUCCCUGACGUCACCACCAAACCCAGCGAGUCCACGCAAGCGUUCUUCGAGUUCCUCAUCGCCAGGUUCAGGCAGAACGUCGAUAGAGAAGAUCAAGAUGAGAAAGCUGUUAUCACCGACGCAGAACUAAUGGCUCUAAAGGAUAAAACCAAUAGACACAUGAGACUUAGGGAACUCUUACUGAAACAUUCUCAUGAUGCAGAAAUGGUAGUCGUUACUCUACCAAUUCCAAGGAAGAGCAUAAUUUCAGCACCACUAUAUUUAGCGUGGCUGGAACUGUUAACAAAGGAUAUGCCGCCCAUUUUGCUUGUGAGGGGCAACCAGACAUCAGUAUUAACUUUUUACUCUUAACCACAAUACACAUACAAUCUUUACUUCAAAAAGAAUGCUUAAAAUUAGCCAUAAGUCUGUCCAACAAGUUAGGAAAUAUUUCGACACACGAUAUAAAAAAAAUGACAGAAAAUACAAUUUGCUUGUGAAUUAAAAUGAUAGACACAACUGUCAGGAAUCCUUCCGUUGGGCAGACUAUAUAUGAAAUCACUUCAUUACAGAUGUGUAGUUUAUUUUAACGAAGAAG